UAAAUAAAGCCUAAUACAAUGACGUCACUCUACGUAGUUAAGACGUAGAGUUCAAAGUGCGCGUGCGACGAUUUUAUACGACUGUCGCUACAAAAUUCGACCAAGGUAAGAGGAUCUGGGGUACUUUUGCUGCAGUUCAGGCCACUGGACGACUAGAUGAUCGGCCAGGUAGUAGAGGAGUUUGCCAGAAAGAGACAGAGCCUUCACGCGACAUAUGCUCUCCACGUAGACAAGUCUGACAUUUCGGAGACCGGUAAAUUUGAGUAGGAAGGCGACUGCACAAAGCGGGAUGCAUGUACCGGGUCCAUUACACAGAACCAGAUCGGGCCAGACCCCGCAGACGAGCGGGAAGCUGUACGCGAGAGAGAAGAGCGUUGAGAAAACGCUAGUCACGUAGGACUGGAGGACUUUACGGGCUCGAGGGAUCCUCCUGAUGUCAGCUUCUCGAUUCUGCCGCGAUUCGAACGCCUCGGCUUUUUUGACGCUCAUAUCGUCGCCCUCUGCUGCCACGUACACCCUCGGCUGGUAGUUGUUCAGCUUCAUGCCGGCCAGGAGAGCCAGCAUCUCUGCCGUGUGACCACCCGACCCCAACACCACCAAUGUCCGACACGGGGCGGAUCUGCGGGGACCUCUCCGUGUCUGACCUCUCGUUGAGACGAGGUAGACUAGUCUGAGCACGCCUAGAGCGCACACAGCCAGCAGAGCUGACAGGAGAACCUUGAGCAUCGUGUGCGGUUCGAAGUUCUUGAGUCUGCGCAUGCUCAAAAUGCGACGAGCUACGCCCCCUUUUUGCUAGCUGGAGCGCUAGCUAGCUAGCUACGUACACGACGACUGCAACGAAGACGGUCGCAAGAUGGGUUGUGGUGCGUCUCGUAUCAGCAAACGCUCAUCUAGAGAGCCAGGGAAGGCACGCGUCGUGCCGGUGACUUCUUCGCCACCAGUCCGAACGGUCGAAAGCGAACCUCCGCGGGCUGCAGAGACAUACACCGAAAAGGGAUAUGAGCGACCCGAAACCUACGGCCGUGACGAGUCCUCGACCUUCGAUUACACUGCAGGAAUUACGACCACCCAAGCAGUGGUCGAGGUUCAUUUAGCUCCUCCUGACGAAGACGGGACUCACGUGAGCAGCGACCCAACGCCGCCAGAGCCAGCCUUAGAGGAGCCGUCACCUGCAACAGAACUCCCGACAACCUGUGAACCCGAGAAAAACGUGACCACAGCUGAAACAGCCAAGGCUGUUGAAGAAGAAGAAGAAGCGACCAAGAAGGCAAACACCACGACAAAUAUUGAGGGAGCUCCCAAGAAAGAGGGAGAAGGAGUAGAGGUUGAGGAAAAUGAAGAGGAAAUGCUAGCAAAAUCUGAGACUGUGGCCAAGGAGGAGCCAACAGCACCGAGUGAAGUGGUGGGGGAAGCAAAUGAAGAGGAAAAUACAGCCGAGCCAUCGGAGAUGAAAGAGGGAACCGGGGGUGAUCAGUUGGGAAAAACAGCAGCAGUUGAAGGAGACAAAACAGCAGAAAUUACCAAAACCGACGACACAAAGGCAGAUGAAGCGGAGACACCAGGGGAAGUCAACUCUGCCACAAGUGAAAAAGACAACAAGACAACUGCAGUGGCAAAUUCUACUGCUAGUGAAGAAGAGGAGACAGACACAGAGGCGGUGGUACAGAACACAGAGCUGACUGCUGGGGAAGAAACAGAGGGAGAAACAGAGGGUGCCACAGCUGAAGAGGAAAAGACGGAAGAGAAACCAGUGGCAAGUGAGAGUACACCAGUGGCCAAAGAGGCAAAGCCAACUGAGAGUGCUUCCACACUAGAUACAGGGGAGAUGAAAGAAGAAACAACAGCAGCAACAUCAAAAGAGGAAGGAGCAAUGAUCAGUGGAACCGUGGAAAAUAUGGCAAUAAGUGAGCAAACCACCACUGACAAAGAGACAGAGAAAGAGCCAGAGAGCGAACAGACCACUACCAAGAGCGAACAGACCACUACCAAAGAGCCAGAUAGCAAACAGACCACUACCAAAGAGUCAGAGAGCGAACAGACCACUACCAAAGAGCCAGAGAGCAAACAGACCACUACCAAAGAGCCAGAGAGCAAACAGACCUCAGAGGAAGAGACAGAGAGUGAUAAAUCAAAGGAGGGAAUUAUUGAGCAGAAGUCCGAGAGCUGUACCAGCUCCCAUGCCAAUCUAUCCCAAGCUCUGCUGAGGGGAGUGAGGUCCAAGUCCAGUAUGGACAAGAUGGAGGGGGUCCAGAUGGUGGAGAAGAUGGAAAUUGAUCACAGCACGGGGCAGUCACAGGCCAGCCUCGUGGAAGCAGUGGAGAAGGCAAGCCAGGAACCGCAGGCACCGCCUUCUUCGCUGCUGAACAUGAGUAGGAAGGACAAGGUGGCGCUGGGCUCCCAGCGAGAGUCUCUCUCCGUUAACCCUCUCCUCGUGCAGUCGGAGCUGGGGAGGCCGAGGAGACGCUGCUUCACUCUCCCUCCCGCUGACUUCACCUACGGCAUGAGGAGCGUUUGUCUCGACGGAGGAGCAUCCGAAGCACUCUCCAGUUGGAACGCCCACCACCCGACGCGAGGACCACUGAAGAAGGAGCCAGAGAGGGAUUUCAUAGCUCUGAACAAGAGGUCCGUCCAGUGCGGGCUGACGACAGCGCAGGAGCAGACGCAUUUUCGGGCCACUCACGACAUCCGGCGGCGGGACGACGAGGAAAGAAAGAAGGCGUCCUCUGCCAAGAUGCGGUUCCCUCCAGACACGGUGUUUGGAAUCUCAACCAGGCCUUCAACACCAGUGUUUGACCUUCUGGAGCACCGCUAUGGAGAGCGAUGGCUGGAGGAGAGGAGAGAGGCUGAGAGAAAACAAAGACAGAAAAACAACAAGAAGAAGUUGCAAGGUGUGUAUGAGACCAGGGCCUCGCUGAUGAGACGUUACUCUGAGCCAGUUGACUCUCCUCCUCUCUGGAAGAUGAAGAGAUGGCAAAAGAUCGGUCCAAUGCUGACGACGUUUCGAACAGACGAGGCCCACUCCACUGCCUUUCAUCACCAUGCAUCUGAUGCUGUUUCAAGAACUGGUGUGUUCGGACACGGCAUAUACGAGGCUGCCAAGUGUUAGCUAGUAACCUUCUCCAAGUUCAUCACACACCACACGUCACGGCAUUAUACAUUUCCGUUCCGAGAAACUAUUCUUAGAUCAAAGUAAUACUUUUGCAGUGUUAU